AUGAAGCUGAAAGUCCUAUCUGUCAACUGGAUUUUCUGUUGCUGUCUCGUCGCAGCCCUGCAAAAGAGCACGGAUCCUCCGACUCGUCCGCAAAUCGUCCAAGAUGCGUUCAACAACAACACCCCUCUGUAUUACUUUGGUCUAGGAUCCAACAUGCUGCGAUCCAAGCUAGAGAAUAGGUCUUCGCAGGGUAAGAUCGAGAUCCUGAGUAUGGAACCCGCCGUAGUUCCAUCACAUCGGCUCGCCUUUAAUCUUCGCGGCUUUCCUCCACUGGAACCAGGCAUGGGGAGUUUGGAACCGGUAAACGCUACAAGCCGUGCUCUCAUGGCAUACAACAAACCGGAAUGUCACGGCGCACUCGUACAGCUCGUGCCAGAAAUGUACGAGCGCGUUAUGAAGUCCGAAGGCGUCGGUAUGAAUCAAUCGGGCUACGAAGAAAUCGUCGUCACAGCCGUUCCCUACGAUCCCCGCAAACCACCCGUACAAGCCAUCGCCCUGCGUGCCAAACCCCACGUUCGACUACGCCGGGAUCCCAGCCCGUCCGCACGAUAUAUGGACAUUUUGCGCCAAGGUGCCGCCGAACUGCAGCUCAAGCCUUGCUACCAAGAAUUCUUGGCGCAGCAUCCGGUACAAAUACUCCCGACGUGGUUGCGUCGUCUUUCUAUAUACAACCUCAUAUUUACCUUCUCACUCUCGAACAAACUCAAGUGGCGAGGUGUGAGUAAAAUGCAGAGCUGGCUACUCUUUCGAGUCUACGUCCCAUCCAACGCCUCCUGGAUUUGUAGACACGGUUGUUCGGUUUGUACCGCAGGCAUUCUCUUGCCGGGAGCGAUUCUGGGAUCCGCCAUCAAAAUGGUGGUCUCAAAAUGGGGUGGCGACUUUCCGCCGUUCCUGAAGCGCAUGAUGGAUCUUUUGGACGAUCCAUUGGUGGCUGCACCUAAAGCCAACGCUGAAACUGUGGAACCUAAAUAG